CGACCACAAAUGAAGCAAAUUGUAAAACCAUCUUUUCGUAUUCACUUGACUUUAAUGCAAAUUUUGGGUUUUUACCCCACUCGCAGUUACAAGAAACUAUACAAAUUGUAUGCAUAUUUUGUGUAUUGUUUUCUAACAAUACCAGUGCCCACAUUGGCUACUGUUUAUCUACUGGUGGAAGAUAACAUUGAUUUGCUUCAAUUAUCCAACAGUGGUUUCCUGAUUUGUCAGAUUGGAUGUUUUAUUGCAAAGUUUGUGCCCUUUUGGAAAAAACCCGAAAAAAUUAAAAGGAGCAUUUACAUGUUAGAAAAUCAAAUUUUUACAAAUCAUGCUCCAGAACAAUGCAAAAUCAUCGAUGAUUGUAUCAGGAUUUGUAACAGGGAUUGCUGGUUAAAUUUGGCACUGGUUUUAAGUGCUUUAACUAGUUGGGCUGUAACACCGAUCGCUAAAGGCAUCAGUAAAUUGCCUGUGGAGAUGUGGUUGCCUUAUGAUGUUAACAAAGACGACAAAACGUAUUAUUUAACUUAUCUGUUUGUUGUCACAGGUACAGCAAAUGGGGCAAUAGCAAGUGGAGUCAUUGAUCCUUUGAUUGCUGGAUUAGCAUGUCAGGCAACUGGGCAACUUAGGAUUUUAAAAAACAACUUGCAAUAUCUCUGGGAAAAUGUUGACAAAGAAAUUUCAGACAGUGAAAAAGAUAAUGCUUUACGGGAAAAAAUUAUGUACGAUAAAAUCAGAUCGUGCAUUUUACAUCAUAACAGCAUAUUAAAUUACGUCGAGCUUUUUGAAGACACUUACUCUUCAGUCGUUUUUACCCAAUUUACAGCCAGUGUCCUUGUUAUUUGUAACGCUUGUCUGCAAAUAAGCAUGAAAAAUUUCACUGACGAUGAACUAAAACAUGCCUUUGCGACAUUGUGGAGUUAUUAUUACAUUUACAAUGUUGUUAUUGUGACAAAUACAACAAAUUUUGUCACAUGGUACCCUUACAAGAGGAAAAGUUUUGCUGUAAAAUCACCUUUUGAAAAAAAUGAUCCUGGAUAUUCCAUUCGAUAUCUUAAUACGAUUGGAGAAAAACUCAAUCUUGAAGUUGUUUACUUGACUAAAAAUAUUGACUACAUUGCUUUGGCCAUCAAGACUGGUAAUUGGACUGACUUGAUCCAACAUAUGAAACAGUAUAAAAUUGACAUAGCCCCUGUUUUUGAAAAUUUAGGUGGAACUUAUAAAGAAGUCGAAUGGGUGAAGCCUUUUUAUCAGGCGGGUUUAGCCAGUCAUGCCACCACUCAACUGAAAAUACUGAAAAACAAUUUGCAAUUUCUUAGCGAAGAUGCGGAUCAAGUUAUAGCUCAACAACUGACGAAAGCUCGCAUUAUUCAGGACAAAAUCCGGUUCUGUAUCAUCCACCACAAUGCAAUUUUGGAUUUUGUGGACUAUUAUGAAAAUGUCUAUUCAGGGAUAGUUUUCAGCCAGUUUAUCGCAAGUGUGUUCGUUGAACCAUUUUCCGUGAUUUUCUUCGCAAUGGUAAUAUUCCUGGUAACCGUGCUUUCCCAAAUUUUUCUUUACUCAUAUUAUGGAACACUAUUAUUUGAAGAGAAUAAUACACUAACGAAUGCGGUCUAUAUGGGACAGUGGUACACAUACGAUGUAACUUCAAGAAAGGCAUUGAUAAUUUUAAUGGAACGGUCUAAAAGACCCAUGACUGUUAGGGCUGGCAAAGUUCUUGAUUUAUCUUUGGAAACGUUUACCACGAUUUUACGGCGGGCCUAUUCACUACUUGCAGUGUUGAAAAAUUACUGA